CCAGCCUCGCGCCACCGCGCCUUAAAUGCGCAGGCGCGCCGGCCGCUCUCUUUUCUGCUCUUCCUUCUGCCUGUCUCCAGACGUCAGCGGCUGUUGGGUCCUAUGUCGCGCCGGGCCCUCCGGAGGCUGAGGGGGGAACAGCGCGGCCAGGAACCCCUCGGGCCCAGCGCCCUGCAGUUUGUCCUUCAUGAUGACGAUGAUGUGGAAGAAGAAUGCCCAAAGCGGGGUCCAGGUGGCCGGCGCCCCCGGGGCGCAGGGAAGGAGGGAGUCCGAGUCAACAACCGGUUCGAGCUGAUAAACAUUGAAGACCUUGACGAGGCACCUGGGGUAAACGGGGAGAGGACGGACUGUCUGCUCGUGGAUGCUGUGGUGUCAGGGAACAAGAGGAGGGCCCAGAGCGGGCACUCAGAGUCCACCAGGGGUGGCGACGCGGCAGACACGGCAGUUCCCUCAGAGCAGUCCAAUGCAAGUAGCAAACUCCGCAAGAAGAAAAGAAAACAGAAAAAUAAGAAAAACGCAGGAGAAACCUCGGAGAAUGGCCUGGAGGACAUUGACCGCAUCCUGGAGAGGAUUGAGGAUGCCAGCGGUGCCAGCCGCCCGGGCCCGCCCCCCCUGAGCACCAAGAAGCACGUCCUGUACGUGGAGCACAGACACUUGAAUCCAGACACAGAGCUGAAAAGAUAUUUUGGUGCCAGAGCUGUCCUUGGGGAGCAGAGGCCGCGGCAGAGACAGCGCGUGUACCCCAAGUGUACAUGGCUGACCACCCCGAAGAGCACUUGGCCCCGGUACACCAAACCAGGUCUGUCAAUGCGGCUGCUGGAGUCCAGGAAAGGCCGCUCGGCCUUCGCCUUUGAGCACAGCGAGGAGUACCAGCAGACACAGCACAAGUUCCUGGCCGCCGUCGAGUCCAUGGAGCCCAACAACAUUGUGGUCCUGCUGCAGUCGAGCCCCUACCACGUGGACUCACUCCUGCAGCUCAGCGACGCAUGCCGCUUUCAGGAGGACCAGGAGACAGCACGCGACCUCGUGGAGCGUGCUCUCUACAGCAUGGAGUGUGCCUUCCACCCCUUGUUCAGCCUCACCAGUGGGACCUGCCGGCUGGACUACCGCAGGCCUGAGAACAGGAGCUUCUACCUGGCCCUCUACAAGCAGAUGAGCUUCCUGGAGAAGCGGGGCUGCCCACGCACGGCGCUGGAGUACUGCAAGCUCAUCCUCAGCCUGGAGCCGGACGAGGACCCCCUGUGCAUGCUGCUGCUGAUCGACCACCUGGCCUUACGAGCGCGGAGCUACGAGUACCUGAUCCGCCUGUUCGAGGAGUGGGAGGCCCAUCGGAACCUGUCCCAGCUCCCAAACUUUGCCUUCUCUGUGCCGCUGGCCUAUUUCCUGCUGAGCCAGCAGGCAGACCUCUCUGAGCAGGAGGUGAGCUCCGCGAGGGAGGAGGCCUGUGUCCGGAUCCAGCAGGCACUCACCAUGUUCCCCGGAGUGCUCAUGCCCCUGCUCGAGUACUGCAGUGUGCGCCCCGACGCCACCGUGGCCACGCACCACUUCUUCGGGCCCGACGCCGAGAUCAGCCAGCCGCCUGCCCUGAGCCAGCUGGUGAGCCUGUACCUGGGGAGGUCACACUUCCUCUGGAAGGAGCCGGCCACCAUUAGCUGGCUGGAGGAGAAUGUGCACAAGGUCCUACAGGCGGUGGACGCUGGGGACCCUGCCGUGGAGGCGUGUGAGAGCAGGCGCAAGGUGCUGUACCAGCGGGCGCCCAGGAACAUCCACCGGCAUGUGGUCCUGUCUGAGAUCAAGGAGGCCGUGGCCGCCCUGCCGCCGGAUGUGACCACACAGUCUGUGUUGGGCUUCGACCCUCUGCCCCCUCUGGACACCAUCUACUCCUACGUCAGACCUGAGAGGCUCAGCCCCGUCAGCCACGGAAACACCAUCGCCCUCUUCUUCCGCUCAUUGCUGCCCAACUAUACCGUGGAGGGGGAGCGACCGGAGGACGGGGGGCCCGGGGGUCUGCACCGUGACCAGGGCCUGAACAGACUGAUGCUGGCUGUGCGGGACAUGAUGGCCAACUUCCACUUCCACGACCUGGAGGUGCUGCCCGAGGAGCACCCUGAGGGCGACGGGGAGUGGGACUGAGUCCAGCGGGGCGCACGCCCCAGCGCUGCAGUCGUGCUCCGGGUUCUGUUCUGGUCGGAUCGGCCAGGUCGCCACCUGCUCUGCUCUUCUAUAAACUACGUGGGUUGCACUCUG